UGUCUAUUGUCUAAACAAAAACCAAAAUAGUUGCUUUGGUAUUCUUAUAAUUUUGCGAAAUUCAUAAUAAAUUAUCAUGGAUAGUGCGGAUCCCGAUCAAAUUAUUGAACAUUGGCUUCAAGACAAUGAUAUUCCGGGAAUGUCGCUUCCUGAUAUUGAAUACGAACCACAUCUUCUUAUAUCUAAAGUUCGGAAGCAUUACAUGGAAGAAAUAAUAAAAUUACUAUCAUUGAAUUACGAAAAGAAUCAAAGAUUGGUGAAUAAAAAUAUAUAUCUACCUAGCGCAAUUUGGCGGUGCGCGAAAAUAUUAGAAAUGAGGGCAGCAAAAAAUUCAAUGUUGGUCGAAUUGUACAGAAAAAACAUUGUCACUGUGAUUAAGGAUUUAAAAAGUGAUACAAAUAAUGGUAAACUGUACAAGAAAUUAUCAGAAUGCCUUCAUAAACCUCCAGAGAAUGAUAAAAAAAUACAAACUUCCUUAACAAUGUCCAAAGAUUGUACUUGCACUUGUACAUGUUACCAAAGAAAAAAAGUUCGCAAAUUUCCUGAACCCUAUUCCAUGGAUCAUAAUAGAGGGAUAUUAAUGGACCCAAACCAACAGAACAUACAUAAUUUGUUGAAAGAAUCAGAAAUUACAAAGGGACCAGAUACCAGUUUUCAGAAUUGUGAGAAAGGUGUCAAGUGUAAUGCACCAAUGCCUGAAUCAAAUGAUGCAGAAGAUGUAAUGCAGCAAUUAGAAAAACUUUUUGAAGGUGGAUCAAAUGAGGAGGAUAUUUUUGAUGGUAUUCUAUGCAAUUCAAUAGAUUUUACAUUUAAUGAGGGUACGAAAAUGUCUAAUAAUUAUGUGCAAGACGAAUCUUGUAAUACAGGCAGAGCCUCUCUAAUUGAAGAACAAGCAGCCCAAAUAAAAUCUCUGGAUGAAAGGCUGACAACCUUGACAGGCGUUUUGGAAAAUGCAAUAGACAAUAGUAAAACUGAGGCUAUCAAACAUAAAAAGCCAUCUUCAAAUAAAUGGAUCUGUGAAGAAUAUUUUUUAAAAGUUAAACUUUUUGAACUGCUUGAUCAACUCAGAGAUUGUAAUAGAGCAAAGCUUAAUAGGAUAAAAGUACUAUUAGCAGACUUCUUUGGAGAAGACAGUGAUGAUGAAGGUGUAGUCUCACCUCUUGAUGAGACACCAGAAUUUGUGGCAAGUUGCAAGGAACGUAUAACUCCAUGGGUUGUCAAAUUGCUAACACCAUACUAUAUAAAAGGAAGAAUUAAGGGAAAGGCUCUAUUCAAAGCUUUGGCAAGGCAUUUGAUUAGAUUAAUUUACCAAUGCAGUAGAUAUCCUGAGGAAUAUGAAGUACAAAACUUUAUAAAAGACUUCUUACACAAUCAUAAAACAAUUAGAUGUGAAGCUGAUUUUAAACAAUUUCGCAUUGAAAACAUUUAAGGAUUGCAAUAACAAUCCAAAUGGUAAAGCAGAGUUUAAGUUUAUGUUAAAGAUGUAAGUUCAAAUCUCCUGCUAUAGUAUUAAUGAAUAUACAUAUAUAUAGAUGAGGAUCAUCCAAUUAAUGAUGCCAUUAAGAACCACAAGAUAGUUCCCUGGCAUGAUGGCAUCCUUAUACUUGUAAAUGUUUGAUUGUACAUUGGUAUGAUUUAAAAAGAAAAAAAGAAACUACAGAGUUUCUAUGUAUAUGUAUAAUUUCUGAUUAUUCCAAGGUGUUUCAAAAUGAAGUAUUGUUUACAAAUAGAUGUUGGAGAUUGAAUAAAAAGUUCCUGUUUACAAAAUUGCAUUAGUGUUCUAGUGCAUCACCAUUAUCAUUUACUUUUGAUCAUUGUAAAGACUGCAAGUAAAAAAUAACAAUGCUAUAUAGAGCCAGUGAAAAUGCAUUGAAAAUUCAUUUUAAUGUGUUUUUAUCAACUCUUCACAUUUUCAUAGGAUAAAACUAUGAUAGGUAUCUUUUAAAGUUAUACCAUAGUUAUACACACUAUAGAAUGAAGUGUGUGAGAGAUGAUUGACUGCAGUUAAUACAGAAGCACCUUUCUAUACUUUUGAUACAUCAAUGGUAUAGAAAACUGAUAGAAGUAAUUAAACAAAUUUCUGGUAAAA